GAAUUAUUUAACCAAAAUAUUUGUGUAUGGCCCAAACACGCCCUAUUAAUAACGGAUAUAAUAGUUGUUCCUUGCAUAAAUGUGGUAUGGUCAAGACUCAUAGCCUGCCCUCAUGAAUGGAUAUAAAGUGAGCAGAGGCAACCAAAGCUUAUCUAGUCUAGAACUAGAAAGGUGCUCAUCGAUCUUGCAGGAUGGUGAACUUAGUACACGUAGCCAUGCAACAGCUGGUGCACCGCCUGGCGAAGAUGGCCGGACUGUGGGCGCGCACCGUCGACGUCGAUGAUGCCGGCACGGUCAUCAGUAUCUGGGUACCCAAGGAUAAGCUAUUACGUGCCCCCGCCGCUGAGGAGACGGAGACGGAGAGGAGGAAAAAGGAAGAGAAGCCCGACGCCGACGGCGGCAGGCUCUCCGUCGUGCUCCUGCACGGCUUCGCCGGUGAUGGGAUUCUGACGUGGGUCCUUCAGGUUGGCGCACUGGCGAGGCACUACGACGUGUACGUCCCGGACCUGCUCUUCUUCGGUGGCUCGACGUCGCCGGCGGGCGGCGGGGACCUAUCGCCAGGGUUCCAGGCGGAGUGCGUGGCGGCCGCGCUGCGGAUGCUCGGCGUGGAGCGGUGCGUCGCCGUCGGGUUCAGCUACGGCGGCUUCGUGGCGUUCAAGAUGGCCGAGGCGCACCCGGGUCUGGUCGUGUCCGUCGUCGCCACGGGGUCGCUCGUGGACAUGAGCCGCUCCACCAGCGAGGCCAUGCUGCGGAGGCUCGGCGCGGCGUCGUUCGCCGAGUUUCUCCUCCCCGACGACGUCGCCGGGCUCAGGUCGCUCUUUGCCACGGGCACCUAUAGAAAGUGGUGGUUCCCUGAUCGCGUCCUCAGAGACUAUAUCAAGCUGAUGAUUUUUAACCGUAAGGAAAGGGCGCAGCUGCUUGAACGCUUGGUGAUCAGCGACGAAGACGCAGCUGUUGUCGUCCCUUGUUUUCGGCAGGAGAUACUUUUGCUCUGGGGCGAGGAUGACAGCAUCUUCAACAUGGAGCUUGCGAGGAGCCUCAAAGAACAUGUGCAUUUCACUGCACACGCGCAGGCAGCUCGGUGAGAAGGCGACACUGCGAAGCAUAGCCAAGGCGGGGCACUUAGUCAUGCUGGAGCGACCGCGCGCCUUCAACCGCCGUCUCAUGGAGUUCCUGUUGAGGCAGUCAAGCAGACAAGCACCAUGACGACGGCGACGUCCAAGCCUGACUUCUGUGUGUAUGCUAAUUGCUAAAUAAAGAACGUGCUAAUGUGUUGACCAACAAAAUAUAUGUACAAUAAUUGUUGAUGCUGAUCAGUGAUCACAGACCAAUAAUAGAUCGCCCAGAAGUCGUGCACUGUCUAAUAAGCAGCAAAGGGAGAUCUCAACGAAAAAGACGACCAGCAGGUCGUCCCAGUCCCUGCGCGAAGACGCCAUAUUCUCUUUUUCCUUUUUUUCCUCCUGCUUUAAAUAUUUGCAUGCAAAACUUCUUUUGUUUAUCUCUUUUUUUAAGAGCAUCUCCAAGGAUUUUGCAUAA